GCAGAGGAUCAAGAGGAGAAGAAGAAAACGCGUCUGCUUCCUUUAUCGGACAGGCACAUAUAACAACAAAUACCUCCUGUUGACAUCGUGGCUCCUCUGAUCCAGACUCAAGCAGACAGAAGUUUUCUCCUCUGGUCACAAGGGACUGGGAGACCAUGGCCAUCGCAGACGAACUCGUGGAUGAGAUUUUCUCCUGGAUCCAGCAGAGCAAGCGCUGUGCAGAGAAGCUGAGGGAACUGGCCCAAGAGCUGGAGUCUCUCAGGGAGAAAUAUUCCCAUAUUAAGAGAUUGUCUGAGUUUGGUAAAGCAAGUUUGUUAUGGGCCGGCAUGGCCACUGUCUUAACUGCAGGAGCUGCUCUUCCUCUUCUAGGUGCGGCAGGAGCAACAUAUGCGGUGGCUGCUGCAUCAGGCAACGCUGUCUUGAAGCUGGCUGAGGACUUCACAUCAAGUGACACACUGAAAGAUGCAGAGAAAAUGGCAAAGACCAUAAGUGAAACUGAAGGAAAAAUCAAGCAGAUGUUCCUACAGCUAAAGGAAGAGGAAGAGGCCUGGAGCUCUGAGUCCGAUGAGUAGGAAGGAAACGACAUCAGUCAGGUUCUUGGAGCGGUGGCAAGACGAACAGGAAUACCGUGCCCGGUGACGAAUGGCCAUGUGUCAAAGCUACAGGCCUCUUCUAUAGAGUACCUUAACAUGCAACUCCUGAAUCCUGUGCAUAUAAAGGAGCUAGUUCAUAGAUUCACACUUUUUAUGGAAAAAAUAUUUUUUCCACCAAAAUCAUCCGAGAACCUCGUCAGGGAGACGUCAGCAGCUUCACUUAAAGGAGGCGCCGAGGUUCCACUUCCUGUGACGAUUGACAACUGCAAGGAUUCAGUCAGGAAAUAUCAUGUGACCGAAGCCAGCCAAUCACUGAGAAGUAAAGCUGAUGAGAUGAUAGAAAUUUCCCAGGAAGUUGAGACGAUACUCAAAGGACUCAAAGACAAGCUUGCUGGCAUACAAUCACAGAUCCUCAGGAACCAUCAGAUUCCUUCAGAAACCGAUCAAGAUGAAAGCAGCUGUGAUGAAGAGGAGGAGCGCUGGGCGAGAAUGGGGCUGCUCAACGUUCAGUCCUUGAAUAACAAAGUGGACAAAGUCAGAGAGCUCAUCGUGCAGAACAAGCUCGAUGUGUUUCUCCCAACAGAGACCUGGUUAGAUCCGUCCAGUGCAGACAUCGUCCUGCGACAAGCUUCACCUGGGGGCUUUAGCUUCUGUCAUCAGUCCAGGGGUGGUAGAGGACAAGGUGUGGCAAUUCAGUACUCAACUAAAUUCCAGGGGAGGAAAAUUAACAUUGAAUCCAUGGAAACAUUUGAAUGUGUUGCCUUGGAUCUGCGGCAUGAUAAGUGGGAUGCACCGAUCCUGCUGGUCAACGUGUAUCGCCCGCCAAAACAAAAGCGGGAACACUUUGACAAGUUCCUGAGGGAGUUUGAAAAGCUCUUGGAUGACAUUUCGAAUGAUAAAAAUGUCCUCCUGACUGGUGAUUUCAAUAUUCAUGUUGAUAAAGUUUACAAUAAGUUGCGUGAUGAAUGGGAGUGGCUAUGCUUGCUGAUCUAUAAAAGGAGAUCCCCUGAGAAGGAUUUCCGUUUUUUAUUGUCGAAACAUGGUCUUUAUCAACGUAUACGCCAGCCGACCCACAAGCGUGGCCACAUUUUGGAUCUGGUCAUUACCAGGAAUGUCCAAAUUUCCUCCCUCUUUGUCCGAAAUGAUGAUAUAUCCGAUCACUACACUGUGUAUUUCAGUGCAAGGCCAGAUGGGAAAAAGAAAAGAUGCAAAAAGAAUAAAGAACAGGGACCAGAUGACCUUUGGGAAGUUUUAUAUAGCGUUACCUUUACAAACUGAACACCUGACAAAUAUGGAAAUAAUGUUGUUGUCGCAAAAAGGAAGCUUUUCUAAGAAAUGACGAGUUUCAGUUUUAAUGACUCAAAUUUGGUGGCCAAAAUUAGACAAGUUUAUUGAUAUUUGUAUGUAUUGCAUGGCAAACAAAGCAAACCCUGACUGUGCUGCAGCAAAGUCUGCAGAGACAGAGAGCGCAGUACAGUCUGUUGGCCACUGGGGGCAGCACUCACUAAACAGAAUAUGACCCGACUUUACUUUCUGAUUUAUUAAUUAAAAUCAAUCCAUUUUUAGUCAACCAAUCAAUGGGAAAUUGUUGGCAUGUUGACUCAUGAAAAUUACACGUAAUGUAGAAUUAUAUAAAGCAAAGGAGAGAAAUGCAACAAAUACAGAGCAGACAGGCUUGCCAUUUUUGCAAAAAACUGCACAUAUCUUUUUUUCUUUCUUUCUUUCUUUUAAUUCUACAAACAAUUGUCAUCCUACAAACCAUGUUUUUUGAUAGCGGUUUUGUUAAGCGUACACACAUUACUAUGAUUCCGCUUUCCAUAGUCACGGCACUUUUAUAUUUUCUGUUGAUAUUGAUGUUUUGCGAUAUUGGAAAUUGAUUUUAUUGUUUGUAUUUAUCUUAUUGUCACUAUAAAUUUAAAUCGUGCUUGUAUUAGUAUCAUCGAGUUUGUUCUUUUAACAGCAUUCUGUUUGUUUUAUAGGAGAUCAUUAUUCAUUCAUUCAUUUUCCAUUCAUUCUAUAAAUAAGAAUUAUUAUUAAUAUUAUGACCUACAAGUAAACACGCUCACCAAAUGAUAACCUUGAUGAAAUUACUAAACAGUUUACGUUCAAGCUCAUUAAUUGAUCAUGUAUCUAUCGACGCAUGGAAACACUUUAAUCUCAUUCAGUCAGGAGAU